AUGCAAGAUUGGACUCAUGUUUUCCCUCGUCCUCGACACACUAGGGUCGUGAAGCCUCGUAGUGCGGGCAACAGUCCCUCGUCUGUCAGCCGAAGGAGAACAACCGUUGCCCAGAGUGCCAUGCAAGGGAUGCCGACCCAGUAUCAGUCGUCCCUUGAAGCUGCUUUACUCGCCUCUGCAGCUCGGAACUCUCGUCCGAUCAGCUGGCAUCCAUCCUCAAACAGGGCCCGUGGCCUUUCGCAUUCAUCAUAUGUCCCUGAUUUCUCCUCGGAGAUGUACCCCGGCAUGGGUGGCGUCUCGGAUCAAACAAACGCUUUCCCCGUCUAUGGUAGCGACAACAUGAUGCCCUAUGCCAUGUCAGCCGGCCCCGCCUAUUCACCUGACUAUCUUCCCGUGUAUUCUGAUCCAAUGCAAGAGGCCAUGCCCAUGCCUCAUCCGACUCCAGCACUAUCGAUGCCUGGCUCGCAGGUCGAGCAAAUGGCCUGGGAUGUCACUGCAACCAACGCUGACUUCCCGAACGUGGCCCAAACGACUUCUGAUGGCUGGUCCUUAGAUAUGCUUUCGAUGGCCAACAUUCCCCCUGCGGAAACAGCUUGCCCUAGCUAUGCUAGUGUACCAUCACCAGGUGAACUCAGCGGGCCCUCAACACCGGACUUUUUGCCAAUUCAACAACUCGACGAUAUUCCGAUCUCAACUCAAACUAAAAAAGAUGGUAAAGCCGAGGAGGAGCUAGUUGGCAUGGGUCUCUACAACCAACCCGACCGAUCUCUCACCCAAACUCAACCGGGAUCCCUGGGCAAGGGCCUCAAACUCGAGGAAACAUUUUCGCCAUCCGACGAUGAGAACGACGAGAGUGUUCAGGAUGUGGAUGAGGAAAACGGCUUCCAACAGGUUCAGCAAGUCCCAACCGAGCAACCUGCGAUCAUGAUCCAGCCACAACAACCGCAGACGACAAUUCCCAAGCAACCAUCUAAAUCUGGAUUGAACCUGCUUCACAAAUCUUUUUUCUUCGAUCACGAUGACCUUGAUCAGCAGCCGAUGCCCAUGGCACAGCCAUUUGCGAAUUUGAACCAGUCCUGCAUGAACUAUGGGUAUGGUGGAUGGAUUUGA